GGCACAACCCUGCGAUUACGAAACAACCAUCCAAGAUGCACAACGCUUCUGUUUCUUCGAAGGACAAACUGCAAAAAUAGCCUAUAUCAUCAGGAAACAGUCCACAACACCCCAUCCACGACCUCAAAGUCGUUAGCCCGGGAGGCAAGGAGCCAAAAAAGUGCAAUAUAUCGUAACAGAAGCAAGACAAAAAAACGCGGCAAGAUUCCCAAACAGCGCUCAGUCCUCCACAACGGUCAACCCACCAAAGGAAUUCGUUACAAAACUAUUCAAUCAAACGAAAGGCAACUUUCGAGUAUAACUGGUGACUACAAACCCGAAUGA